AUGAGCAUGGGUUGCGCUCCUAGUUAUCCCAUCACGAGAAGCCCCGUCGUUUAUGAGCCAAUCACGUAUUUUAAUAGAACGGGUGAGUUCUAUAGAUCGGUUUAGACGUGAAUGUCGGCAAGUUACGUUCCAACUUGCAAAGGAAAGAAUAUCAAUUGCGGUAAAGUAUUUAUGUACUUAAAAAAAAAAAAAGCGAUCGCCAAUCAUUUUUUGCUUCGAACAGUACAUUAGUGUAAUGGGUUCAGAGAAUGAAGAAUCGUCAUUUCAUAGGGUUAACUUUUGCUCCUCCUACAAAAAAGGUGUUUUCUUUUAACUAGCAACUGACUCUCGAUUUCUACAUGUAAUUCAGAGUCCAUGAUAGCUUUCAUUGGGUAUUUCCCACAACUCACUCCACAUGGAGAAGAAAGUAUCAAACUUUGUUAAUGAUAAUAAAUCAACAUAUUCCAAAAAAUGGAAUUUUUGACUUUUUCUGAUUCUUCCAGGAACAAGGAAAUCACACGGCGAAAACGAACUAAAAAAUACGGAAUUUCAAUCAAUUCAAGAGCAGUAUUGGGGAAAACUUCUCAUGGAACGAAGAUUAUCAGCUAUGAACAGAAAAAAAUUUCAAGGUAUGGUGUAUUUUGUUUCGUGAUCGAAUUGGCUCCAGGAUAAUUCGACUCGUAUUGACAUCGAGCACUUUUGUUUCAUCUUAGCCCUUUGCAUCUACUUGUUUUCAGAAAUGGGUGAAAAAGAUUUCAGAUCGUUGAUAGAAGAAUUUCCAGAAUUUAAAGAAUCCGACAUAUCGGACUUACGAUUACAGUUUCAGACGUUUGACUUAAACCGAGAUGGAAUAAUUGAUUUUAGAGAAUUGUAAGUAUCCAGACUAUUUAAUGUGUCGUAACAUGAACUUACUUUAUAAUUGUUUGCGUGGGUCUUAAGUCCCUAAGUUCCUUUUUACUGAAUACAGCCCCCUAACGUAAACCCCUAAAAUCAUACAAACCAAGACAGAAUAAUUUAUAAAUUUUUCAUCGCACAUCGGUAGGCCUGCAUCGUAAAACAAGGUGAUUAUGAUAUACAAUUUAAAACCACGCCAACUCCAACUCCCAAUGGAGAGGAAAAUGGUUCGACUCAGCAGGAGAUCGAGUCAUUAGGAUUGGUGUUGAAUUUCAAUUAUCCUGUUAAUGACUUUAAUUAUUAAAAUAAAGAAUCACGUUUAUACCAUUCUUGUCUGGAGCCCAUUAUGGGCUCCUGUUCUUGUACAAUCGAGUUAACUGAGUUCGGGUUAGCUGUUAGUAAAUGCCUGAAAAAUGGGUUCAAUUUCAAGGGAAAUCGGAUCUUGUUCGAAUCAGCGGGAUUCUACUGUAUUUUUACCGAUAAUUAAGUACCCCUUUGAGUUCAAGUGUCCCUGACCGCGAGUACUGACCACAAAUCUUCAUAAGAAGAGACAACCAAAAUUCUUCGCUUACCCUUACGCCCCCUCCCCGCCCUCCUCCGCCACCCUUACGGCCUAGAAAUUAUUCCUGACCACUUUAUUGGACAGCAAAGAAAAAACACUUUUCGAGUCAACCCCACAGUAAACACUAAUUCAGUACUGGUAUCUUUCAUUAGAACGCAGGUCCUCGAUGACCUAGGGGAUAAGUCUGAGCCUGCCGUACGGGAACAGUAUUUCAGUGACAUUGAUAAAGAUGGAUCCGGUGCUAUUGAUUUUGAGGAGUUCUUAGCGGUAAGAAACAAACGGCUGAGUUUUGUCAAGUAGCAUGGUCCCUUCUUACUCAAAGAUGGUUUCAAUAUGGAGGAAGGGGGGUUGGGGCACUUUUUAAUAAUCGACGACUGAAGAUAUGUCGUUUUGAUAGUCGACGGUAAAGUGCUUGGAAUAGUGGUCUCACCUCAUCCAUCUGGGCCAAGUUGUCCAUAGAACAGAUAAAGCUGUCCAACAGCUAAAUCACUAUCCACCGGGUAAAUGUUAACAAAACGUACCACGAUAUCCUUCGUAUAGAGAUUUUUCAAGUGGAUGGCGUCACUCAUCCUCCACCCUUCGAACAAUCGGGGCCUGGUAUCGAUUUUCUUGCUCAUAUAGGGUUCAAUAGGUAAGGUCUCAUUGUGACGAGACUCAAUUGAACAUGCAGUAAACGUCUCUCACGGUAAUCAAACGUUUUUCAGCGGCACCGAAACGGCUUAGAGAAAGAUCUAAUAAUCAAUUUAAGAAACAAAAUGUUUUCUUUUUGCAGCUCAUUUAUCAGCUGCGAAAGACCAAUGCAGAUUUUCUCCAGUCAAGCGAGUUGGGUCAGAUAGGAAGCUUGUGCAAACGUGGCACAGACAAUAUUCAAAGAGUCAGAAAACUUAGUGUGGCUAAGCAAAUGCUCACGGGGCUGUUUUAG